AUGAAGCUCAUUCAGAAACUGUACCUGUACGCCCCCUGGUUUAAGGACAUUGAUGCAGAGACAGGCAUCGAAGUGACUGACAGCUUUACGGACACUCCCAAAGACAUCUACCCCAUCGACGUUGUCCCAGAAAACAAAGAUGGGAUUCAGGGCUCGUGUGCCUUCUUCAACACGAGGAAAGACGUCACAAAGCAAGUCCGCUCCAAGUCCCCGCUGACCCCAUUGGUCAGCUUGAACGAGGCUUUGGAAAGAUACGGGAGAAAGCUGGUUGUCGUGGCAUCACAGUGUCUGCGAUAUCGUGCCCUGAUCGGCAGCGAGAGCGAUCCUGAUGUAAAACUCGGCAGCGACUCUUACUGCGUGCUGGAGAGAGUGGGCCGAGCACGAUGGCAAGGAGAGCUGCAGAGGGAUCUACAUGGAGGCUCUUUCAAGGUGGAUGCCCGAAAGUUUCACUACUUCAGAAAGUCUCUUGUCCGAUACCAGUUGGUCACCAUGCAGUCCUACGUCAGGCGAAUGAAGACCGGACAGCAGCAGCACUCCAUCCUUCUGCUGCUCAAACGCUUCCAUGUAAACAGGAGGACCAAGUAUGAUAUACUGAUGGAGGUCACGUCCAACUUUCUCCAGCAGUGUCCGAAUCAGUUUUCCACAGUUAUCAUGCUCAGAGAACAUGUUAACGUGGACGACAGGACUUACUCGCGUCUAUUCAAGUACAUGCGAGCAUCCAAGUUGAUCGAGUCUUGCCGAUUCCCUUUGGAGGAGUUGGACCCCAGCGCUGGACCUCGCACCAACAAAAAUGGCUCCAAAGUGACUGUUCGCUGUGUGAGGCUGUUAAAGCCAUACAUAAAGAAGGGUGUGGCUGAGGAAGAUGACGAUGACGAUGAAGACGAGGAUGAUGACGGUGGAGCAGGAAGAGGGGGUUUGCUUACAGAGGGGCGGAUCAUGGAGAAGGACCUGUUAACACAGGCCUAUCACAUCAUACUAUCCUCUGGCACUAAGGGCAUCCCCCAGCGUGAUAUUGCAUUCAGACUGAACGUCAGCAAAUUGGAAGCUCGCAUGCUCUGGCGAAGGCUAGAGAAAGAUGGGUUGAUCAAGGGAUUCAUGGAAGAUGAGGGUCGGCAGAGGACUACAAAAUUCAUCAGCCAUAAGUGUGUCGGCAGUAGCAAUCAACUCCAGCUGUUCGCUAAAGAGCAGGAGCGGCAGAUGCUGCUCUUUUCUUCCGCACCUCAAACGUCAAGUGCAGAACUGACCUCCCCUAAAACGCCGUCAUCGUCAAAGGCGCCAGUGAAAGGAAGCUCCAGAACUCCUGGAGCCAAGAAGAAUAAAAAAGAAGUCAAGGGAAGAAGCAAAGAGGCAGAGGAAGAGGGGCAGACAUCUGAAGACAGGAAAGGAAAUUCAAGAGAGGAAGGGCUGGAUGGAAACUCAGGAGCCAGGAGAGAGACAACGGGGGAAAAUGGCAGCGUGACAGCAGAGCACACUCAGCCCGACGUUCCUGUCAUGCAGAGUGCACCAGCCGAGUGUGAAACUUCAGUGUGCAGCGAACCUGCGACUCACGGGACACCCGACUCAGUGUCCGGUGCUGUGACAGCUCCGGUUGAGGAAAAGGAAGAAACCAGUUCAACUGAUGCCAGCUCUUUGCAUCAAAGUGAGACACCAAAUGCAGCUGAUAAUGCGGCACCCAUCACAGUGGUCGUUAAAAGUAUCCCCUCUCCAAAAAAAGCCAGCAUAACUCGGGAGAGGUCUCACGAGACGUACCGCCUGCUAAGGAGGAAGAACUUGAUAGUUGAGGCUGUCUGCAACUUCAGAAUCAUAGAAGGUCUUUUCCAGCUGCAGAAGAUGAUCAAUGAUGAUGAGAAACAGGACGGUGUCAGUUCAAAGUGCUGCAAGAAGACUAUCGUACGUCUCGUCCACAGUCUCGCUAGAGAAGGCCUGCUUAAAAUAUACACGACCACUGUUGUACAGGAUGGGAUGACAAGGAAGGUUGAAAUGAUUGUUCAUCCGUCCAUUCAGCCCAACGAUGACAGAGUCAAACAGGUUAUUGAGCAGGUCCGAUUCAGAAUUUCCAGCUCUUCAGCAGUGUUACGUCAUGCUGAAGACAGAGCCAGAGAACAAGAAAAGGAGGCUGACAAAAAGAAAGCAAUUAUCGAUGACGACCCGGACUUCAAGCCCACAAGAGUUCCAGGGUUGAGUAAGACUUAUGGCUUCCAGCCUAAAAUGCAUCGUCUACGCAUGAUGCAUACCUUCCUCUGGUACCUGAUCUAUGGGCAUCCGCUCCAACACAACUGCAGCAGCUCUGAUUCAACCAGUCAAUCAUCAAGCGGCGCAGACGGCUCUGAUCCUGCUGCCAAACCCGCAGACAGCAAAGCACAACAGGAUCUGAAAGAAGCAGAAAGCUCUACACCUGCGGACAAACCAACACCGUUGUCUGACAGUGUUGGCACCGGAUGUGACGGCCGGAAAAGUGCAGACUCCAGCUUAUCUAACAUGGAAGUGGCAUCUGGUGAUGAAGGAGAGGAGCAAAAAGAUAGUUGCUCUCAGUCUGACAUGAAAGUCUAUCUCGAUGAAGACUCCUGGAAGAGAUUCAUCCCUCCUGUCCGUGUUCACAAGGAGUAUAGCAGCGGCUGGGCGAUGGUGGGCGACCUGCUCCUCUGUUUGCCUCUUUCUGUUUUUGUGCAAAUUAUUCAAGUUACUUAUAAGGUGGAAGGACUGGAGGAAUAUCUCAAUGAUCCUGUAAAGCAACAUCAUCUGGUGAGAGCGCUGCCUGCACGAAUGAGAAGACAGCUGCUUUAUAAACGGAAGUACAUCUUUGUGUUUCAUGAAAACCUGCUAAAGUUGGUCUACAUGGGUCUGCUGCAGUUUGGUCCAAUUGAGAAGUUCAUGGAGAAGGACCAGGUGUUUGUGUAUCUUAAACGUAAUGCUACUAUUGUUGACACCACCAACACCGAGCCUCACUACUGGCUGGUCACAGAGUGCCCUGAAAAACCGUUUGAAAGGCGCCCUUACGUCUUCAACACUGCUGAUGACCUAGAAAAGUACUGGUUUGACCUGAUGUGCGUCUGCCUCAAUACACCACUGGGGGUAGUUCGUUGUAAGAGGAACACCACUGAUGAGGAAACGACUCCUUCUUUUGUGCAAGAACGCCACGUUUUCGCAGGAUUGGCGUACCUGCUAAAGGGCAGUACUGAAGUGUGUGAUGACGGAUUGAUACCAGGAGACGGUAAAGGAGCAGGAGGACUGGACUCUGAAUUUUUUGGUCAUCUUAAACGCAACUGGUUUUGGACCAAUCAGCUGCUUUCUGUUAACAUGAGGCAAUCUGGUUUAGAGGCACAGGACAACAAAACCAGACUAAAGAGCCUCCUGAGUAAAGAUGCUCUCAGAUUUGCACUUAAAGCUGGAGGUACAGCAACACCGCGUUAUGUCACAUCCAAGCGGCCAGCGAUGGCAGAAAAAGUUCAGAUGGGAAUAGAACCAGCAUCCAGAAACCAGCGGGUGGUUGGAGGAAAGGGGCAGAAGAGGAAGAGAAGCAAGAAAGAUGUUGUCAAAGUUCCACGCAAGAAGAAAAAAGAGCCCAAGAAACGCACUCCUGCACACGAUGAGACGGACCACCAGGCUUUGAAACGGAUGACCAGACAAAGAGUCAACUGGACUGUACAGGAAGACUCACUGGUGAUGCUCUGCUGUGUGGCUGCGGACCUGCUCAACAGCAAGUUAAAAAGGCAGUUUGUACCUCACUGCGUGGUGAGAGACCUGCUCCACGCAGAGUUUGAGAUAUCAUCGGAUAAAACGUCAGUUGCCGUUGGACGUCGCUCAAGAUACAUCCUGAAAAAUCCUCAGACGCUUCUGAACUACAGGAUCUGCCUGGCUGAAGUGUACCAGGACAAGUCGCUGAUGACUCUUUUGGAGAAGGAGAAACCUGCUGAUCCCGAAAAACCAGAGGAUUGUGCCAAAGUGUUCUCAGAGUAUAUCCGGCUGCUCAGACAGAAGUUCAGCUCCAUUGUCAAUGCUCAUGAUUUGAUCAUCCCUGACACCAAACAGCAGCUCUUCUCGAGGUUUAAGGUUUCUGCAAUAGACAGCGGGAAAAAGCUCCCAUACAAAGACCCUCUGAACAGCACAGAUGACAUUCAUUCUGUAGUGUUACAUAACUUGAUCCAGAGCACUCUGGCCAUGACCAACAAUCAAAUGAAAACCUCCAGAUCCUUUCAGAUCUUCCACUUGUACAGUCAGUAUGACCAGGAGCUUCUGUGCAAAGUCUUCAUACAGUGCAGGAAGAGGGGUCUGGUCAACCGCCGGCGUAUCAGCCAGCAGUUUGGGCCGAAGAAGAACCGAGCGCUGCCCAUCCUGCCCAUGUCCUACCAGCUGUCCCAGUCCUACUUCAGGUGUUUUUCAUGGCGUUUUCCUCAUUCCCUGUGCACCGAUUCCUUCCGCUUCUUAAGGAGUCUAAUUGACAAUGGCACACAUGAUGACAGGCCCAUCAUCGCACUCUACAACGAAACUGAGUACAGGUCACAGAAUGGAGAGGAAGUGCUGGAGACAAAAACAGGCUCCAAAAGUAAAGAACAUGGAGGAAAAGAAGCUGACGGACCAGCGAGUGAGCCGAAAAAGCCUGACGACAGCUCCACAUCUGGAUCUGGUGAAGAGGCUCCAGGAGUGUCGGCCACGUCAAACGCGGUACCUCCAGCUUCAGACGAGCCUCCAGAUGUGUCGGACAUGCUCAAGUUCUCUCUCCAGUCCCCGGGUGGAGCCUGCCUGGUCUCGCUCAGCCUGAUGUCUCUAGGACUGCUGAAUGUGUACGCCUCCAUACCUAAACAGAUGGUGGUGGUGGACAGCAACCUGGUGGACAAGGAUGUAGUGAAGAGUAUGGCAGAACUAGUAGAAGAAGAAGAGGAGGAUGACGAUGAUGGUGACGAUUACGAUGGGAAAAAAAGGCAACAAGUGAAGGCACAAAAAGCUUCGCACACCAAGUACUUAAUGAUGCGAGGAUAUUGCACCCCGGGCAUCGUAAAAGUGCGCAACCUAAACACCAAUGAUAGCAUUGUGAUGGAGUCGUGUAUUAUGAGGUUGCAGCUGCGCAACACGCCCGCUCACAACCUGUUCAGUGCAGAGAACUUUCCACCUCUGGACUUGACAAAAUGCGGUCCAUCCCUUCUGCCCUCCAACCUCACCUCCUUCGUCCGUUCAGCCUCCUUUUCUCCACCCACUGUGGAGGAGUGUUACAGGCGCUUUGUUAAGCAAAAGGGAUACACCCCGCGGGACAUUGACGCGUGCACUCAGAUCAUGAGGAGCUUAGAUGAAGCUGGUGAAAGAGGUUGGGAUGCUUGGGACUUUCUCGAGGCUCACGCGAACCUGCUGGAGCCGCAGUCUGGACGCAGCAGGAAGCUGCAGCAGUACAUGGAGGAGUUGGAAGAAGAAGGCCAGGUGGUAAAAGUUGGGAGUCUCAGUGUCCGCUGGGUGCUCAUGAAGCUCGCUGGACCAUGGCUUCUUACUGUCAGCUCCAAGCACUGGUCUCAGUCAUCCAUUGCGUCAGACCCGUUUUUGGAGAAGAAGCAAACCAUCCCCUUUAUACGGAAGCGGUGCAGCCGAGAAUUCCAAGUGGAGAAGGAAGAACCACCGGAGAAAAGAUUGGCUGUGGAUAGAGAGGACGUCGCUGACAAAGAGGAUGUGGACGGAGUGCCGAGUAACCAAGAAACAAAUGAGAAGAAACAGCUGGAACAACUGGAACGGCCGAUGGAGAGGACAGAUGAGUUGAGGGGAGACCAGUUGUUGUUAUUGCAGGAGGAGGGAGGAAAGCAGAUACAGGAGGAGGAAAAACAGGAAAGGAAGAAGACGACGGACACAGAGAGAAGACAAGGUAACAGGAAUGAGCAGAGGUUGAGAAGAGGAAGGAAAGACGACGAGAACAACGAUGAGGCGUGCUCUUCCUCCACAGGCCCCGAUACUGAUGCUGAAACCAGCUUCAUCAGCCGGCCCUGGCGCUUGGUUGAUGGUAAGGUGAACCGGCAGGUGUGUAAGGGCAUGCUGGAAGCUGUUCUCUACCACAUCAUGUCUCAGCCCGGCCUGACACACCAGGCGCUGGUGGAGCAUUACAAAGAUUUGCUGCAGCCAGUGGCAGUUCAGGAUCUUGUGCAGGCACUUAUCGAACUGGGCUGUGUGACCAAGAAAACUCUGGCUAAAAGUCCUAAACCCUCACUGUUCACUCGUCCUGCACAGCAAAGAAAAAGCGAGAGAGAACCAGACAUAGUGAUGUAUGAGCCCACCAUCAGCUGCUGCCUGCGACUCUGUCGAGUGUUGCCCAACGAGCGAACCUGGAACUGUUGUAUACCCUGAAAAGUGUUUGCUAAACGUAUUUUAGAUCUCCAAGGACUGAGAAAAUAUUGAUGCAAUGAUCAACAACUUUGUUUGUAUUUCCUUUGGGAAAGUUUUUUUUGUGUUCAGCUUUUCUGUACUCUAACUUAUAAUUCUUAAUAAAAAUCCAUAAGUC